AUGGUGACUUUAAGAUUUCUUGCUACGGGUCGAGCAUAUACAGAUUUGCAGUACUCAUUUAGGAUGGGAAUCGCAACAAUCAGUAAGAUCGUGGACGAAGUGUGUAAAGUGAUAUGGGAAACGCUACACGAUGAAUGCAUACCAUCAAAUACAUCUGAUAUGUGGCAAAAUAUUACUAACGUUUUUCUACAAAAGACCAACUUUCCAAAUUGCAUCGGAGCUAUUGAUGGCAAGCACAUCCAAAUCGUAAAUCCAACCGGUGGUGGAUCAAUAUUCUACAACUAUAAAAAAUUUUACUCCAUGGUUCUGCUAGCUAUGUGCGAUGCAGAUUAUUGUUUUACAUAUGUAAACAUUGGAACAUAUGGGAAAAACUCGGACUCGACUAUAUUCCAAAACAGUACAGUAUACAGGAGCCUUGAACAAAACACUUUAAAUAUUCCAGGACCGAAGCCAUUGCCCGGAACAAAUACUCCAGUAGAACAUGUAAUUGGGGGUGAUGGUGCUUUUGGAAUAUCAAAUAAAAUUCUGAAGCCAUAUGCACGAUCCAAUAUGACCCACAAGAAAAAAAUAUUUAAUCCUAGACUGAGUUGCAGUAGACAAUACAUAGAAUCGUUAUUUGGUAUAAUGUCAAUCAAGUUCAGAGUGUUUCAUACACCUAUUAAUGUGAGUUUUGAUGUUACAAAGAAUAUAGUUAAAGCAUGUUGCGUACUGCAUAACUUUAUAAGAAUUCGCGAUGGUUAUCGUAAUGAAGAAACACUUACAAUUGAGGGUAUGGUAGACUUGCCAACUGUACCUACAAACAGGUCUGGACACGCUCUGCGAGAACAUUUUGCUGAGUACUUUGUGAGCCCUAUUGGAAGCAUACCCUGGCAAGAUUCGUGUAGACUUUAA